AUGUAUCAAGACUUCAAACAGCUGGGUAUUCCGGCACCCUCGUACACGAUCCUCCAAAGUUGGCAGAGCGGGGCGGUGUUGUGCUGCUGGGAUUUGCAACUAGGGGAGGAUGUGGUCGCCAAUGCACGGAAGAAAGUGCAGGACAUCAUAACACUCGGUUCUUACCGGAAGCAUCAGAUCGCGGAGAUCAAGGUGUUGAGUCCAUGGCUCAUCUCGCCGUCGAACUCACGUACUGAAUAUGACUCCUCCGGCGCCGCGGACGCACUCCCUACGUCCCACAAGAGGGCACUUUCCACCUCGGCUGAUACGCUACCUGCCGAACUGAAACGACGUCGCGUCAGCGGCUACAUCGACGGGAAACUGCAAAACUGGGUCUCACGGGCAUCCGCCGUCACUGCGAUCACCCACACCACCGUCAGGUCCGAGGACUUCUUUUCGGGUUCAUCCCAUCGGCGAGCUCGAUCUCUACAGUCUGGCAGUCUUGGCCGCGCGGAAUCGAUCACGGGAGGCAGCCUCUCUGUUGUCUACGAGGGCGAUAACAUCAACCCUCCCUCGGGCGGUUCUAUCUCUCGCUCUGUAGCUUCUAGGCAUCUGAAUCACCUUGGUCUCGCAACUGAUGAUGCUAUGUCUUCGACUGGCCAGCCUGGGGAUCGCUCAGCCACGGCAGCCGGCGGCCUGCCAUCUGCCAAAUCUCAUUCUGCCAACGCCAUUGUUCCUGCUUCAGCCUCGCCUCAGGCUCCCGACAACGACUCUGAUGUCUCGUAUAUGGGAUCUCAACUGUCUGACGUCUCCGCUGCUUUGGCCUUCAGCACUCUAUCUGCCCCUUUGCUCAUUGACUCCGAAGACUUGGUCAGUGGCGUGCCAGCGAUUCUGCCUUCAAGCAACACCGCAACAGGAAGUGCCGAGGACUCGGACGACCAACGCUUGCAAGACUUGAACACCGCCCUCGUGAAUCGUGUCAAUGACAACUCCAUACAGAUCAUCGCGCUUCUGGCGGAGAAAAGGGGCACUCUGAGUCCGGAGAUUGACAUGGUCAAUUUUAAGGGCUAG